UCCCAACCCCCACCCACCCCAACUGGCGCUACCCUGAAAUUUUCCGGUUCUGUCCGUGUGGCAUCAGUCGUGUGGAUGGCCGUCAUGCUAGAGCCUCUUGUCGGUCUUUCGCAGCCUCACUGGCACCUGACCUAUCCUUUGCAGCAAAUGCAGCAGACAGGGACCGGUGGGAGACUUUGGCAAAGGGCGCAGAGUGGAAAGGAACAUAUGCAAGGUCUAGCUCGGGGACUCGUGUGCAGAAGGACCGCGGCGGCAUACAACCAAGACUUGCUCUCUCCCUUUCUCUCUCUCUCUCUCUUCUCUUCAUUGCUGCUUUUCUUAUCCGGCCACAUUCCUCUGCAUGCUAACCCCCUCCUCGACUGCUCAAUGAUGGAGGAGGGGGGGGGUCAAGCGGCACUGCAUUUCCGUCCUCGGGGUCCGGACCGAUGCCGGGGAUGCAUUACUGCAGUGUCAGGCGAAUAUAGGCAGCAAGUGCAAGAAUUCGGACCGGUCCUCGGGAGACAGCAGAUGAGUUGCAGCAAAGGAAUAAUUGAUACAGUACAAUACAUUGAGGUGCGAUGUAGAGUGGAGCAUUGCACGUAGUAAACGAAGGCCACGGAGAUGGGGGCAAGGCCGCGGCUGGGUGAGGGGUAUCGUACAGA